AUAUGCAAUCAAUGGAUAACAUCAUCGACAAUGCGUACAAGUACGGUAGGUCCCACAUCGAACAGUAUGUGGACGAUAUUUUCAACGACACGGAUCCCACGCAGGCCAAAAAGCUCAAGUGCCAAAUUUUGAGCGUGUGGGAUCGGUUGAUACAGAGCUGGAUGGAUCGCAACAAUGGUGAUGGAUUGGUGGGACCACGCGUCAGCAGCCAGUCGAUUCGGAUGACGAUCGACGAGAUUUUUAUUAAUCCAAUAACCAAAGCAGGAAUCAUCGGAUUCGUCAAAAGUAACAUCGGAAUGUUACUGGAAGUGGCUGAUUCGCUGUGGAUCCUGCUGCGUACUAAUCUCACACUUUUGGCUUCCGCCAUUGGAACGCUUGUCUCAGUCAUUCUGGGCGGAGGUCAUGCCGUACUCAAAUUCCUAUUUCACACUAUCAUCUUCUUCACUACUCUCUACUACUUACUUCAAAGCAGUCAAGACCGCUACGCACCCACAGCAAUCACCAUCAACAACUCGUGGGGUCCUCGAAUCAUCCAGGCGCUGGAGGAUUCCAUUUCUAGCGUUGUGGUGGCGACACUGAAGCUGGCCCUAUUUCACGGCCUCUUCACAUGGCUUACGCACACAAUCGUCGGGGCACAUAUCGUCUAUUUGCCGGCUGUGCUGGCGUCAAUUCUAGCGGCAGCACCCUUUCUGGAGAGCUACUGGUGCAGCGUACCGGCCUUUCUGGACCUGUGGCUUUCGCAGGACCGCUUCUGGUUGGGAGCGCUGCUGGUGUUGGUGCACUUUAUAGUUCCGUCCAACUUCAAUCCGAUCAUACAUUCGGAAAUUAAAGGUGGUGGUCACCCGUACCUGACCGGCCUGUCGAUUGCCGGUGGAAUGUACCUGUUCGGGCUAGAGGGAGCCCUCUUGGGGCCUCUUUUGCUGUGCCUGAUGGUUGUGCUGUUUGAAGUUACCAUGAGUGCUAUCCGAGAUUCGCCGGUUACUCCUCAAACGAGGAAAUCCAGCUUAGACACAAACAACGAGCUUUACUCACCUGCAACGACUUUAUCUAAAGAGUGGCAAGCAUUUGUCCACGGGGAAGACCAACUAUCGCUUCAGCGGUUACCCGGAAAUGGCGGACGCGUCCGGAUCAGCGCUGAUGAUGGGCUAUCAGCCGAUGGGACCACAACCGAUGACGGCGACGACAACGACGACGGCAGCGACUACUCCGGGAGCAGCACCCCGUCCUACGUAGAAAGUCUACGCGGACCGGAAGAUAGUUUUAUUAUUUGAUUUUUGCAGUUGCUCACUAUUACUGAGGACAGGUGCCUAAAGAGUUUAGAAGGAAGCUUGGACCUAUUCUGGAGUGGUGUGGAAGCUUUGAUACGGGCCAAAGUGUAACGUUGACUAUGGAUUAUUGCUUAGUGUUUUAUGAAACUCGCAUUUGCCGAGUUCAAUAUAUUUGUUUAUACUUAAUUAUUAUUAAUAAAUGUGAUAUGCUGUAGUUUUAGGAAAAUUCACUGAUUAAAUAAUAGAAAGCUCUCAAUA